UUGAGUGAAUGAAUGAGCGACUAACCAGCCAACCGACCUUGCGAAGAGAGACAUACCAUCCAUCUGUCAUUCGACCUUCUUAUUCCGACCAUUAUAGGCCACAUUAACUAUUCUAAUCGUCGCUUAACGUUUGGGUCUCACAUGUACUGUCCACUCGCCACCAAGACACUGGAAUCUCUCAAUCUUCGGUGGAAAUAAUCCAUUUCACCUCACUCAUCACGCAUAACUUUCUCACACGACCUAGUGAGACUGUUUCGACAACGUACUAUUUUGAGCUCCUACGAGCCUAUUCAUUCAACCUCGCUGUGAGCUUCGGCUCACGCCAAAUCCAGCAUGGCGCCUAUUGAAUUCACCAAGCCCGGCCUGGAGGCGCGGGGAGCUGAGCUCUCCCCCGGUGGAAUUGCGGGAACUGUCAUCGGCUGUGUUAUCGGAGGCAGCCUAUUACUCAUAGUUUUAGGCUUCCUUUACUUCCGAUUCAAACGGAAGUCCAGGGAGGCCAAAGAAGCAGAGAUAGUACCAACUGAGAAGGCUACCGCUGCCCAACGUAGGACCUUUUUCCCUCUCCCAGGCUUCCUGCCUAGGCAUGCCCCUGUUUCGCACACAAGUCGCCCCCCUUCCACGAAGGAUGACAUCGAUAGGAACGUCCCUGGCUUUAGUGACGGCUCGGAAUUCCAGCCGCAGACUUCUGGUUACGAGGAUGACUUGAUAAGAGAUCAUGAUAUCUAUUAUGCCCAUCAGAACUUUGGACAGCCACCUCUACCCCCAGGCAUUGACUUCUCUUUACCUCCUCAGCCGACAGCCUUUUCGACUACCAACGAACCUGGAGCAAAUCAGCCUUCGGACAAUGCUUCCCCAGCACAUGAAGCCGCCAAUUCUAGUUAUUAUGAUACCAGGAUCUCGAUGGAUUCGGAUCCUGAACAAGCACCGAUACCUCCAUCUAGGCAGAUGACCGAGCUUUAUGAAGCCCAGCUUAGAGAUUCACGAGAACACCGAAGAAGGAGUGGCUCCCUGACUAGUCGAAUUUGGAGCAGCAUUAAGAGGAAGCGGUCUACACACUCUUCGGCUCAAGGUGCUAGCAGUCCUCAGUAUUCGACUUCACAACAGUAUUUCCCUGCCUCGCCAGUUGAGAGUCCUGCGAGUAUCAAGCCAGUAUCGGGCUUUGAAAGCAAGGGAGAAAUUACUACGCAAGAAAAACACACCGCAGAUCGCUAUUUUGAAGAACCUGGCGAAAUGUCCGAAGAUGCGACUACAUUAGGUACUGGGAACCGGCUGGAAAAGGAUCAGCAGCAACACAAGAGACAAAAGCGAGGUGAUUCGCGGUAUGACGAAUUUCCUCUCCGAACCAGUUCAACAAUAAUACGAGAAACCACGGAGAAAGACCCCGAGCUGCCUUCAGCUGUCUUAGUUGGUCCGGACUCCACUCACGGGUUACCUCACUCAGCUCAGCCACAAUCCGAGACUCGGGUCCAAGAACGACUUAUGAGCCCGGCCAUCCCGGAGCCUAUGGAGCUGGAUGAGACUCUUGAUGAUGUACAUAGACCUUCUGUCCUCCAGGGCUCUCACUCUCCUCCUCUUCAGCCAGAAUCCUUCGUGUCGCCUAUGUCCAUCAUGCAACCAUCCAACCCCGUUGAGAAAGCUGCUUAUACGCACUACCAAAUGGAGAACUCAUUGUCUCCCCCCACGUUCCCCACGUCGCCGCCGGCCAUCAUUACGGAUGAGCCGUCGCAAGAACGCCUUGACGACCUCACUCAAGCCCACCAAGACGACUUUGAUGCCGAUAGUUUUCUCGACAUACCUAGUGACGAGGAUGAACCUCGCCUGUCCGGCGACUCGUACGAUUACACUACAACGCCGGGACAAAGUUCUACAGAUCCUUCUAUGGGGAGGACACCGGAUACCCGUAUUACCGUCUCGCCGUCUCCAUACCCAAUACCUCAUGAGCAUGUCAAAACAGAACCGGAGUCGAGCUCGUCGCCGGAGGUCUCAAAACUGUCUCCACAAUCGUCCGGUUAUAUAUGCGAAGAAUGUGGACGAUAUUUCGACCAGAUUCACAAACUCAACCACCAUAAGCGGUAUCACGAUCGCAAACACGAGUGUCCCUACCAAGGUUGUGACAAGAGGUUUGGUACGAAGACACAUCUCGACCGUCACAUCAACGACAAGCACGUCAAGUCGAAGGCCUACCAUUGUAUAGAGCCAACAUGCCCUUACUUCAAGGGUGGUAAAGCGUUCCCAAGGAAAGAUAAUUGGAGGCGACAUAUGGUCAAGAAACAUGGCGCCACCCCGAACGACUUGGAGGGAAUGGACGAAUCGGUUGGGUAGGUGUCGACGGAUACGUCAGGUUCAUAGAUACCGGCUCGUUGUAGCAUCGCCUCUACACCUAUUAUCUAUCUAGAUAUAUGGAGCGCGCAGUGCUAUAAGCGAUAUCAUAAUACCAUCAUCGAGACUGGGAUUAAGCUAUUGUCGCUUCACGUUGAUUCGUGAGUUGAUGG